AUGAAAGAAGCAAUCGCAUUGUCUCUGAGCAUCGAAGAGGAAAAGCUGCGGCAGAUAGCGGAGGAGCUUCCAAUUCCGCAGCUCCCGACGAGCGCCGGCUUCAUCUCGGCGCCUUUGGUUCCCCUGCCCCCGAAGCCCUUUACGGACAUGCCGGUUGUGCAGGUGGAGCCGAUGGCGGUGCCCAAGAAGCCCUGGGGCUUCACCUCGGCGCCUUUGAUGUCGAGGCCCCACUUGCCGCCGGCGCCGCCCCCGGCGCCGGCGGACCCGCCAGCAGCUGCGGCGGUUUCGGCGCCGGCGGCGGUGCCGCGGCUGCCGGGGCGCGCGGGGUUCAUCUCCUCGCCCCUGUGCCGGGCGCCGAGGCGGGUGGAUCCCCCGGCGGCCCCUUCAGAGACCCCGGCGUCUGAGUCCGCCCCAUCAGCCCCACCGCCGCCGCCGCCGCCGCCUGAGCCGGAGCAGGAGGAGGAGCCCUCCGUGGCGGGGGUGGAGAAGUACCGCGCCAACUUGGCGCUGUGGCGUCGCCGCGCCUCUCAGGUGGCCGAGAGUUCUCCUCGCGCGGCGGCGGAUGCGGCGGGGUUCUGUCUGGACGAUACGGGUCCCAGUGCGGAGGAGAGGAGGAGGCGGGCCGAGCACCUGAAGCAGCAGCGGGACCGGCUGCUGGAGAGGCGCACGCAGGAGCGCACGCAGCAAAUGCACGACUUCACCUCCGCGAGCGCCGCCAUGUCCAGCGAGGACUACGCGGCGCUGGGCCGGCGCCGGGUGGCGGAGCUCUCCGGGGCCGUGCGGGCGGAGGCGCCCGGCGCCGUGCCGCCGGAGGCCGCGGAGAAGCUGCGGCAGACGCUCACGCGCCAGCUGCUGCAGAGCCUCGCCGCGUCCAUACCGAGUGAUGCUUCGACCCUGGAAGAUCAGCUGAGUCAGUUGGAGUCCAUGCGAUGGGACCGCAUGUCCCCCCGCUGA